AUGGCCGUCAGAGUAGCUUCCAACUACAACACUGCCGCUCACGGCUACCAGUCCAACAUGACCGCCCAGUCUUCUUCCACUGCCGCCGCCAAGGCUUCCAAGGCUUCCACUUCUUCCACCAAGCCUUCCUCGUCCCGAUCUGCACAGCAGGACCGAUUCUAUGGCUACAGGGAAACUUCGGAGCUUUGCGAGAGGUUCAUCCUCUACCUCUUUGCUUGCCCCUUGGACUCGACCUCGGCUACCGCAUCCUCGCCGACUUCCAACCGCAACACUGCUCCUCGCCUUUCCGAGUUCAUCGCCUAUGCUCUCUACAGAACUCGUCUCCCCGAGGCCGUCACCUACCAGGCAUUGUACCUCUUGUUGCGACUCAAGAUCCGCUUCCCUGCCGCGCGUGGCUCUUCGGGUCACCGUCUCUUCAUCUCGGCUCUCAUGAUUGCAUCCAAGAGCAGCUGUGAUGAUACCUAUUCGAACAAGUCCUGGGCCAUCGUCGGUCAGGGUCUCUUUAGCUUGCGCGAGAUCAACCAGAUGGAGCGCGAGCUCUUCGGCUAUCUUGGCUACAAGGUCAACGUCUCUCCCGAAGACCUCGAUAUGUUCACCUACCAGCUCGAGCAGCACUGUGACGGUUGCCGCAUCGACCACGUCGUCCGCAAGAUCUUCGAGUCCAUGUCUCGUCGCAGCAGCAUGGACGUUGGUGCUUCGGAUAUCUAUCGCGAGCGAUCCGAGAGCGUCUCGAGCACCAAGUCCUCUGCCCCUCCUACACCAGCACUCGUGUCUUCGGACUUCUCGUCGCCAUCCAUCGACUCGCUUGCCGGCCCUCAGCGCAUUGUCUCUGGUCGACACUCGAGACAGUCGAGCGUCUCGCACUCGUUCAACUCGCGCGCAAGCAUCUCUGGCUACGCACCUGCCGUCGUUGCCGCCUCGGCCUCGACUGGUCACCUCGCCACCAGCAGUUGCAACCCUACCGCCACACUCAUGGUCAAGAGCGCCAGCCACCGCCAGGAACGCAGUGCCACUGCACCGAGCUUCAUCCACCCCUUUAUCAACAACGCUCGCGAGAGAUGUCGUCCUUACAUGACACCAGUCCACAGCUUGCCCCUCUCGUUGUCCGUGUCGAGCAGUUGCAACGGCGAGCGUUCCUACUACUCGAACUCGCCUGCCGCUUCCAUCUCUUCCUCGUCGGUAUGCUCUUCCAUGUCGUAUGCGCCUUCCAACGCCACCUCGGCAACACCCUCGCCUUACGCAUCGCGAUUCACCAUCAGUGGUCGCACCACACCCGACACACCGCCUUCGGAUCUUGACUCGGCUCAGUGGGAAGAGGCUCGCUACUAUGGUGUUGCUCCUAAGGCUUCCGAUCUCAGCCCUACUUGCACUGUGGCUUACAAGUUGCCCGCAGCACCAGCCUUUGGUCACCAUGCUCACCAUGCUCACCAUGCUCACCAUGCUCACCACGGGCAUGCUACCGCAGCUGAUCCUUACCUCCACCCCUAUAACUGCUGGAGAUCAUGA